AAAAGGUGUGAGCUUGCCGAGAGAUAAGAUUUUCUUGUGCCUCCCUCUCUUCAUCAGAGUCUUAAAAAAGGAUACAAAAUACAAGCUUUGCAAAUUGAAAAAAAGAGGUAUAAAUGAUGGGGCACAACAAGAAGUCCUGCAAUGUAGUGUUGUUUCUGAAAGAGAAAGGAUGUGAUGAUAAGAAGAUUGAAGAGAUAUUGAGAAAGUGUCCCAAAAUAGAGACUUUGGAAAGAGAGAAAGCAUGUGAGAACUGGAACUACCUGAAAAGCAUUGGAAUUCAUGAAAGAAAACUCCCAUUUAUUGUAUCAAAGUGCCCAAAGAUCCUAACUUUGUGUUUGGAUGACAAGCUUGUUCCCAUGGUUCAUUGUCUCUCAACCUUAGAAUCAAAACCUGGAGAAGUGGCUUUAGCCAUUACUAAGUUCCCUCAAUUACUGUUGCACAAUUUGGAGGAGAAGCUUUGCCCACUUCUUGCUUUGUUUCAAACACUGGGAAUUUCUGAAAAUCAAGUUGGGAAGUUACUGCUGCUUAAUCCAAGGCUUAUCAGUUACAGCAUUGAAACUAAGUUUGCGAAGAUUUUCGGGUUUUUCGCAAGCUUGGGAUUGAACAAAGAUGGUGUUGCUGGGAAGAUCUUGGUCAGGAAUCCAUACAUUGUUGGUUAUAGUGUUGAGAGUAGAUUGAAGCCAACAAUGGAGUUCCUUAAAUCAAUUGGGUUGAAAGAUGUGGAAUUGCAGCAUGUGGUGGUGAAAUUUCCUCAGGUUGUUUGUAGGGAUGUGGAGAAAAUUUUGAGACCGAAUUUCGUAUUUUUGAAGGGGUUCGGGUUUAAUGCCGAGCAGAUUGCGGUAAUGGUGGCUGGAUUUCCUCCUGUUCUGAUUAAGAGUAUCAAGAAUUCAUUGGAGCCGAGAUUGAAGUUCUUGGUUGAAGUUAUGGGACGAGGGAUCGGUGAAGUUGCAGGUUACCCGGAGUUCUUUCGACAUGGUUUGAAGAAGAGCUUGGAGUUCAGACACAAGUUGUUGAUGAAGAAGAACAUUGUUUGCAGUUUGAGUGAGAUGUUGGAUUGCGAUAAGAAAAAAUUCAUCGUCAAAUUCGGUGUUUGUUGAAGGUCUCUGUUUCUGCUGCUGCCUUUGGAUUUCAUUUCAUUUGGUCAUGAACUCCUCUUGUUUUUGUUGACAUUUGAUUUCUUUUGUAACUGUUUAUGCAAAACUUUGCAGUAGAUUUAUGAGCAUGACAAAAUGACAACUGGUAAAUCCAAAACAAUCCUUUUCAUUUA